GAUCAAUUCUCCUCCAUCAGUUGCAGAAUCCAGAGGUAUGGAUCUUCAACUGUUGCUGUUUACAUUGGCACUGGUGUCAGUGACUGAUUCUUUUCCAACAAGUUCGGUUCCACCAGAGAAACCACAGAUUGUUAAAUGCCGAUCCCCUGAAAUGGAAACAUUUUCGUGCUAUUGGACUGUUGGCAAUUUUCCUAAUUUCACGACUCCAGGAACAUUACACCUGCUGUAUAAAAAAAGGCCGGCUGGGUGGAAAGAAUGUCCUGAUUAUGUAACUUCUGGUGAAAACAGUUGUUAUUUCAACACAAGCUACACUUCCAUUUGGGUUCCAUACUGUAUCAAGCUGACUGACAAAACCCAGAUGUAUGAUGAAAAAUGUCUGAAUGUGGAGGAGAUAGUGAUACCAGACCCUCCUGUUGGACUCAACUGGACUAUGCUGAACACCAGGCCAAUAGACAACUAUACCGAUAUCCUAGUCACCUGGAAGCCUCCACCUUUUGUAGAUGUCAAUAGCGGAUGGAUCACACUCAACUACCACCUCCAGUACAAAGAAGUCAAUGAGGCAAAAUGGAUUGAGCGGGAAGCAAAGGAUAGCACAACAUUUCCAUUGUACACUUUGAAGACAUGCCGUGAUUAUGAGAUACGAAUCCAAGCAAAAAUCACAGAGGGAGUUUAUGGAGAGUUCAGUGAAGUGCUUUAUGUGCCUUUUAGCUCAAUGGGACUGGUACCAUGUGAGAAAGUUCCACCAGAGAAACCACAGAUUGUUAAAUGCCGAUCCCCUGAAAUGGAAACAUUUUCAUGCUAUUGGACUGUUGGCAAUUUCCCUAAUGUCACGACUCCAGGAACAUUACACCUGCUGUAUAAAAAAAGGCCGACUGGGUGGGAAGAAUGUCCUGAUUAUGUAACUUCUGGUGAAAACAGUUGUUAUUUCAACACAAGCUACACUUCCAUUUGGGUUCCAUACUGUAUCAAGCUGACUGACAAAACCCAGAUGUAUGAUGAAAAAUGUCUGAAUGUGGAGGAGAUAGUGAUACCAGACCCUCCUGUUGGACUCAACUGGACUGUGCUGAACACCAGCCCAAUAGGUAUCCAUACCGAUAUCCUAGUCACCUGGAAGCCUCCACCUUCUGCAGAUGUCAAGAAUGGAUGGAUCACACUCAACUACCACCUCCAGUACAAAGAAGUCAAUGAGACAAAAUGGAUUGAGUGGGAAGCAAAGGAUAUCACAAAAUUUCCAUUGUACGCUUUGAAGACAUGCCGUGAUUAUGAGAUACGAAUCCAAGCAAAAAUCCCAGGAGGAGUUUAUGGGGAGUUCAGUGAAGUGCUUUAUGUGUCUUUUGGCUCAAUGGGACUGGUACCAUGUGAGAAAGAAUUACCAAUUCCUUGGCCUUUGGUGAUGUCCUUUGGAACCCUAGGUCUGAUGGUGAUGCUGUCGCUGGUUCUCUUUUCCAAACAGCAAAAGUUGAAGAUACUGAUUCUUCCUCCUGUUCCAGUGCCCAAGAUUAAAGGAAUUGAUCCAGAUCUCUUAAAGAAAGGAAAGCUGGAUGAAGUCAAUUCCAUCUUAGCCAGUCAUGGAAGCUACAUGCCACAGCUGUAUGGGGAUGACUCUUGGGUGGAAUUUAUUGAGCUGGAUAUAGAAGAGAAUGAAGAGAGGACCGAAGGCUCAGAUACCGACAGGCUGCUUGGUGAUGACCACUUGAAGACUCAUGGUUGCCUUGUUGUGAGAGAUGAUGAUUCUGGUCGAGCAAGCUGCUGUGAACCUGAUAUUCCCGAAACUGACUUCAGCGUGAGUGACACAUGUGAUGGAACCUCAGACAUUGACCAGUCCAAAAAGACAAAUGAUAAAGAAGAGGAUCUCUUGUGCCUUGAACAAAAAGACAAUGAGAAGCCAUCAUCAAGCUUUGAUGAAUCACCAACUCAGCUGUCACCUGAUAAUCCAGCCAAAGACAAGCAGCCAAAAGCCCAUGCUUCUGUCACUGACAAUUCUGAAAUGACAAGCCCACCAGUUCAAACCCAGCUGAGCAACCAGAGUUCAGUGGCAAACAUUGACUUUUAUACGCAGGUGAGUGACAUUACACCAGGAGGAAGUGUUGUGCUCUCCCCAGGGCAAAAAAUGAAGAUGGCAAAAAUCCAAAGUGAGGCUGGGAAGGAACCAGUUGCACAAUGCCAACCAAGUAUUGCCAUGGAAAGUGCCUAUUUCUGCGAAACAGAUGUGAAAAAAUGUGUCAUUGUGACACCUCACAAAGAGUCUGAGCCAGAAGUUCAAGACCAGAGCUUUCCUGAGGGUGCUUACAUUGUCACAGAGAGCCUUACCACUAAUGCUGUGAACCCUGCAACUGCAGCAGAAGAUGAAAAAUUACCGGAAAGUUCGGAGAUGCCAGUGGCAGACUAUACAUCCAUUCAUGUAGUACAGUCUCCACAAGGCCUUGUGCUCAGCGCAACAUCUCUUCCUGUGCCAGACAAGGAAUUCAUGGUGUCAUGUGGUUAUGUGAGCACAGACCAGCUUAACAAAGUCCUGCCCUAGCCUUCUCAUCACUGACUUUGUAAAAAAUAAUAUCAUCUUUUUCUGUUCCUCCAUCCAGCUCCAAAGAAUAUAUGAAGCUCUUUAAGAACAGGAGCUCCCCAAUUCACUUCAGUAUUACAAAAAGCUUCUUAUAUUUUCAGAAUAUUGCUGACAUUUUCAUGAAUGAGGAAGUUCAUGCUCAUGGGGAGCUCCAUGAACUUACUGGUGUCUUUGCAAAUUCAUUUGUAGCCUUUCAGUUGGAUAUAAACGUCAUAGAGUUGGCUUGGGUGUGUAUAUGCUUAAAUCACAACAAACGUGUUCAGUAUUGUUAAAAAGGUGAUGGUGCGGUCCCUUCCACUGUAAUGUUGAAUCAAUCACAGUAUUGUUGUUGUAUCUUGUAAGUAUUGUCUUAAGAAAUAUUGUUGGAGCUGGUUCAAUAGUACUGGAUGUCUUUUGUUAUUGUAGGUGUUGAUUUGAGGUUUUUUGGAAUACAUUGGAUGGCUUUGUAGAUGUGUCAUAAAUCAUUCUUCAUCAGAAAGCUAGUGUCAAAUGUUAUUUUCAGUUUGAACAGUUUGUGUACAAUCACAUCAUAUGCUGAGAGGUUUAUGCUGGCAACUGGAGAAUGAAACAUUGGGUAAGGAAGCAAAAAUAGCUUGGUUAAAUAAUACAUUUAUUUUGAGUCAUAUAAAUAGCAAGCCUAUUUUAAUUCUUUAGACAAACAAGCAUGGAUAUUUUAUAUUUACACUGCACCAUGUUGUUUAAUUAUAAUGAUCCAUCUAUGGAAUGUAUGUGCUGCAAUUAUUGUAGCCAUUUUUAAAAGACUAUAAGGAGAGAGUUAUUUUUACAUAACAUUUUUAUACUUCCAGAAAAGCUAUAAAGAACUAAAUUUUCAAUACUACUUUACUGGAGCCUGUAUGAUUGGAAAAAAACUUAUAUUUUUGCAUUUUGUAGCAAACCACAAUGUGUGCAACAAACUAAAUAUUUCUGCCACCAUUUAGUUGUACCAACACAUUGUGCUAUCUGUCUACCAGUAGAAACUAAAAUAAGUUUGGAAUUUUCAGGGCCUUUUAGGAACACAAUUAUAUGUUGAUGGAACAUUGGGAAAUAAGUGCUGGUAACUUGACAACAUCAUUUUUCACAAUGAAUUCUUUUAAGACCUGUAUCAGAAAAUUACUAAUAGACUCAGCACUAAAAGUCAAUAAAAGCUGAGACAGAAAGAUUAUUUUCAGGUUCAGACUCUGAAUGAAAUGAAGUUAUAGAUCUCAGCAUAGUAUUUUAAACAAUGCAACAUUAUUUUAUUUUGCAUAUUCUGCACACAUUAGAUGGAGAAAGGCCUGAAAGGAGUAGUGAAGCUUAAGUCUUAUUUGAGUAGGUUUCUCAAGGUACGCCUUAACAAUCUCAAUUUUUGUUUACAAAACUAACGGUUACAAGCAACAGUUUGCCAAACAUGCUUGCUUGUUUUAACCAUGUUGCCUUUCAGAGAGGCAUCGUUGCAGAACUGGGUCAGCAGGCAGCCAUUUCUGAAUCAAGAUCUGAAGCCUUGCCAGCCCAAAGUUCCUUAGGUCACUGAAAGUGAGCUGAGAGCCUAAGGCCUAGCAUCAAGCCCCAAAACUCCCUAUUGCGAUCCCUCAGGUUGCACAUAGCUGCCUUAGUAAUGAGUCAAAUCAUUGGUCCAUCUAACCCAGUUCAGUCUAUUCUAAUUAUUGGCCAUUUUUUGCAGAUCUUUUAAUGGAAACACCAGCUAUAAAGAAUCAAAGCUGGGAUGUUCUGUAUGCAAAUCAAAUGCCCUGCCACUGAGUUAGGAACCCAUGAAUUGGAGCUGUGCAGAUAAUUGAUAGUAAUUGACAAGAUGGAACACAGCUGCAUAAAACUGUGUACACAUACAGAUCUGUGUCCAAACUCACAUUUGUGCGUUGACCUUAAGUGAAUUUAAAUAUAGGAGAAGGAUCUUUAGGUUAAUGGAGAUUCUUCAUUUUCACUGUUGUUCUCUUACAACAGGAACAGGCCACUGGAAGCUGUGACUUUUAAAAAGAAACUGUGAUAAUAAUGCACAGGGUGUGUGGGAUUUUGGCACCUUCCAAGAAAUACGUUUUUUACUGUAGUUAGAAAUGUUGCCUGUUUCUGUUUGUUUUUGUUUUAUAACAGGGAUGAACUCCAGAGCUGGACCCUCAUGUACCUUUUGUCAACAUUUGCCUUACACUGCAAUGCUAAACAAAAAAAAUGUGCAAUUAACACCUAUUACCUUAGAAGCAAUGGUUCAAUGAAUCUUGUUUCCAAGUUAAGAAGCAAGACAGACAGAUGUUUGUCUGUCUUACUUCUGAACAAUCGUUCUUGAGAUUACACUGUGGCAAUAGAGAACCAAUUGCAUAUUAUAGAUCCCACGAAAACAGACUUUGAAGUCUCCCUCUCAACAUUCAGUGGAAGCUUACCUUCAGGUGAUACUAAACAGGAGAGAGAGGAUAAUGAGGUUUCUAUAAUUAUCGAUUACCUAAUGAGAAGGAUAACUAGAUGAGAAGGGUGGCAGCCAAUGAGGAAAGUCAUUAUCACCUUCUUCCCUUCGAAAAACAAACAGAGCUUGAUUGCUUAUUAUGCAAUGAAUGUAAUGUAUAGCCAGAAUCUAAGGGGAUUCUGUAAGUAUCACCUGCAUCUCAGUGAGCAAAACUCCAUAUAAGUCAGUGGUCCUCAACCUGUGGGUCCCCAGAUGUUUUGGCCUUCAACUCCCAGAAAUUCUAGAAGCUGGUAAACUGGCUGGGAUUUCUGGGAGUUGAAGGCCAAAACAUCUGGGGACCCACAGGUUGAGAACCAUUGGUAUAAGUAGAUCACAUCAACAUAUCGGUGACCUGAAUAUUUUUUUUCUAAUGAUAUCAAGACAAUAAUUGUGAACCUUCAAAAUCCCAGCACCUUGAAUUAUCUGACGAAGUAGACUUAUGCUGUGUCUACAUAGGCCAAAUAAUAUAGACACAGCUCUCAGUUGCUAGAGGGGAUCUGCAUCCAGUCAUUAAUAUGGCUAAAGGGGGAAAUGGGAUUUACCCCAGGGCUUCCUUGAAGCUCUGGGGUAAUCCCAGAGUUUUGAAGUUGUGGAUAACUGGGCCUGAUCUGAUCCUCUCUCCACACACCCAAUGGACCCACUGCUGCAUUGCUAGCUCAAUGGCAGAGGCUUGCUUGUGAUGCCAUUCUGGAAAAAUGCAACAUCACCGGCAUGUGUCUGCUAGGGGCUGGUAUGCAGUUGUGGCAACAAUAUCCCCAAUGCAUGCUUAGCCCAGCUGGCUUUUUGGCCAACAAAAGACCUCUAGGGAUAUUCCCAGCCUGUAUUGGGGUAGCUUCAAAGUGGUUCACCCUGAAUUAAUCAAGUAAGUGUAGACAUAGUCUUAUUCUACAAAGGCUUAUGCUACUAAUGUCUUUCUCUCAGACUCUUAAGGUGCUACGAGUUCCCUUUGCAUACAUUUUGAGUCAUAUAAGCAAGCCUUGAGAAAUGUCAGUUGGUGACUCUGCCAUGCUUAAGUGUUUUAAAGGGAAGAAUGUAGUCAGAAAGAAAUCAUUAUUUACUUCUGAAAUCAUUUGUUUCACAUAGCUUACUAUUUUAAAAAAAUAUAUAAAUGUUUUAAACAGUAAAUAUAAGCAGUGAAGUUGUCUUCUCAUUGGUUAGAACUGGGAUAUUCUGUAUCUGGCUUGUACUUUUAAGACUAUGUAUAUUAUACUAUUAAGUUGCUGUUACAUUCUUUUUUCUAACAGCUGCUUUCUUUAGCUUUAGGCAUUAAUGCCGUCAAGCUAUGUAAGUCUCUCUUGAGACAAGGGAAUAUUUUGCUACAUUUCUCUGGACAACGUGUUUCUAUCACCAAAAACUAGUUAAAUACCUCAAUCAAUCUCAGAAUGUCAUUUUGGUACUUCACUGGUUACACAAACCAUUACACAACAGUAUGGAAAUUUGUGUCUUUCUGUUUAUAUUAAACUUGCUUUAUGUCAGUGUUCUCAUUUCCUUCUGAAAGUUUAAUAAAUUUAUUUUCUUCAAUCCA